CCAUGGCGCUGCGCUUCUCCGCCAACCUCUCAUGGCUCUUCCCGGAGCUCCCGGCGCUGCCGGCGCGGUUGGAAGCGGCGGCGGCCGCCGGGUUCGGAGCGGUGGAGGCGGCUUGGCCGGCUGGCUGCCCGGCCCAGGAGCUGCGGGCCGCGGCGGAGCGGGCGCGGGUGCGGAUCGCGCUCCUCAACACCCCUCCCGGGGACCAGGAGGCGGGCGAGCUGGGGCUGGCGGCCGUGCCCGGGCGGCAGGCAGCCUUCCGGCAGGGCCUGGAGGCGGCCGUGCUCUACGCCAGGGCCGUGGGCUGCUCCAGGAUUCAUGUGAUGGCUGGGCGGGUUCCCUUGGGCACAGACCGGGCUGCAGUGGCAGGUGAGAUGGAAACCACCUUCAUUGAGAAUCUCAGAUACACUGCUGACCUCCUGUCACAGGAAGACAUGAUUGGACUGUUGGAGCCUAUUAACAACCGCAUCACUGACCCUCGCUACUAUCUGAACACCCCACACCAAGCUGCUGCCAUCCUGGAGAAAGUGGGACGGCCCAACCUGAAGCUGCAGCUGGACCUUUUUCACUGCCAGAUCAUGGAUGGCAAUUUGUCACGCAACCUGGAGACAUACUUCCCGCUCAUCGGUCAUAUCCAGAUUGCACAGGUACCAGGGCGGCACGAGCCCGACAGCCCUGGGGAGUUGAACUUCCCCUACAUCUUCGAGCUCCUGGAGUCCCUGGGCUACACUGGCUACGUGGGGUGCGAGUAUGCUCCGAAGGGUGAGUACUCUGCAGGUCUGAGCCCCAAGGGCAGGGCCAAGCACAGCUGGGUACUGUGCAAAGACAGGCAGGUCUUGGGGGGCACAGGUAGUGGAUGUCAUCCCUACCUGGGGAUGAGGGCUCUGUCCUGAACAGAAGCUGCUCCAGCUGCAGUAGGAGACCUUGUCUGUCACUGCAGGAGACACUCUGGAAGGUCUGGGCUGGCUGCGAUCCUACUGGGAAAGCCGAGGGCUGCAGCAUGGUGGGACCAGCAAGGCAGCCAAGUAAAACUAGAAAACCAUGAGAAUAAAAGACAAAGUAAUGGCUUAAAAGAGGAGCACGUGUCUUCUCUAGGACUAGGGGAGUGUGGUGGGUGGGAUGAUUUCCUCGAAUGAGGUUAGGAGCAUCUAUGUAAUUUCCCUCCCCCAGGCUCUACUGGGCCAGCCCAAGCUGCUGGACCCUCAUCUACACAAGUACCACCUGCAGCAUGUUUAAUUUAGUGAUGGCUCAGGCACCACUGUAGGUGACUUCAGGUACACAGAAAACUUUCAAUUCCAGGCUGCAGGGGUGUUCAGGGAGAGGUUUCCAGUCUCCCCAAUAAGGGGAGCAUUCCAGCUGGUGCCUGAAGUUGUGGAAAGAACACUUUGGACUUCCAGGUACUGAAGUUCUCAAGGCUGUUGCCAGUGCCCAGCACUGACUCUGCAGCAGGGCUGCAAGUGAAGCAAGCAGUCCCCUCACAGGCUGUCUGAUCCAAGGUAACAGGCUGGGAGC